CUGUGUUCAUGCAGUAAAAUGGCAGAAGCCAGAUUUUCUCAGGAUGAGUUCUUGUGUUCAGUGUGUCUGGAUCUCCUGAAGGAUCCAGUGGCCAUUCCCUGUGGACACAGUUACUGUAAGAGCUGUAUUACAGACUGCUGGGAUCAGGAGGAUCAGAAGAGAGUCUACAGCUGCCCUCAGUGCAGACAGACCUUCAGUCCAAGACCUGCUUUAGCUAGAAACACCAUGCUGGCUGAAGUGGUGGAGAAACUGAAGAAGACCAAACUCUCUGCUGACUGUGACGCUGGAGCUGGAGAUGUGCAGUGUGACGUCUGUACUGGAAGAAAAUACAAAGCCGUCAAGUCCUGUCUGGUGUGUCUGGAAUCUUACUGUCAAACUCAUUUUGAGCGUCAUGAGGAGUUUCAUUCACGUAAGCCACACAAAGUGACUGAAGCCACUGGACGACUGCAGGAGAUGAUCUGCCAGAAACAUGAGAAGCUCCUUGAGGUUUUCUGUCGCACUGAUCAGAAAUGUAUAUGUAUGAUGUGUACGGUUAUUGAACAUAAAAACCACGACAUUGUAUCAGCAGCAGAUCAGAGGACAGAGAAACAGCACCAGCAGAAGGAGAUGCAGAAGAUGCUCCAGCAGAGAAUCCAGCAGAGAGAGAAGGAUCUUCAGCAGCUGAGAGAGCCUGUGGAGUCUCAUAAGCGCUCUGCACAGACAGCAGUGGAGGACAGUGAGAGGAUCUUUACUGAGCUCAUCCGCUCCAUUGAGAGAAGCCACUCUGAGCUGAUACGGCUGAUCAGAGAUCAGGAGAAGACUGCAGUGAGUCGAGCUGAAGGACGACUGGAGCGACUGGAGCAGGAGAUCAAUGAUCUGAGGACGAGAGACGCUGAGCUGGAGCAGCUUUCACACACACAGGAUCACAUCCAGUUCCUGCAGGUAACAGAGAUCUAGAAGAACAGGAUCAUAGUGGACUUGAGCAGAUCCUGCUGUGACAGAGACU